CCUGCAUUUCUGAAAAAUUGGCUUCUGCGGGAUUGCACGCCGGGACAAUUAUCAAAUUGGUUUUGACUUCACACUUUCACUCUUUUUUUUUCCACUCUGAAGUUCAACUGGUGCAACUGGUCACGUCAGUUAAUGGAAAUAAACUAAAAUGGAGGCAGGAGCCACUGUAAGUGCUGUACGGAGCUUAAAGGUGUUGAUUGGCGACGAAAUUCGACCUGCACUUAUCACCAUUAAGGAAGGCAAGAUUCAUGACAUCCUGUCUGAUCCAGGUGCCUGUGUACAAGCUGGAAAGGUGCUGGACGUGGGAGACCAUCUGGUGAUGCCAGGUUUAGUGGACUGUCAUGUUCAUGUUAAUGAACCUGGACGUACCACCUGGGAAGGCUACUGGACUGCAACGCAAGCGGCAGCAGCAGGAGGAGUGACUACUAUCGUAGACAUGCCGCUCAACAGCAUACCACCAACCACAAGCCUUGCGAACUUCCAUGAAAAGCUACAAGCUGUUACCGGACAGUGUUUUGUGGACACAGCAUUCUGGGGAGGCGUUGUCCCUGGAAACCAGCUGGAGCUCAAGCCCCUGGUGCAGGCAGGAGUGGCUGGAUUUAAGUGCUUUCUUAUCAACAGUGGAGUUGAUGAAUUUCCUCGUGUAAGCGUGAAGGACCUGCAUGCUGCAAUGAAACAACUCCAGGGCACAAAAAGUGUUUUACUGUUUCAUGCGGAGCAGGAGGUCCAUCCACCUCCAGCAAGGGUUGGAGAUCCAUGCGAGUACUCAACAUUUCUGAUGUCCAGACCUGAUGUCAUGGAGCUGGAGGCAAUUCGGACUGUUACUCAACUCUGCCUGCAGUACCAAGUACGAUGCCACAUUGUGCACCUGUCAUCAGCCAAGUCUCUGAAGCUAAUCCGAGCAGCUCGACAGGCUGGAGCGCCAUUAACAGUGGAGACAACACACCACUAUCUCAAUCUGAACUCAGAGGACAUCCCAUCAGGUGCCACACAGUUUAAGUGCUGUCCUCCUAUUCGGGACAAAGCCAACCAGGAGAAGCUGUGGUCUGCACUACGAGCUGGUGAUAUAGACAUGGUCGUAUCUGAUCACUCUCCAUGUACCCCUGACCUGAAAAGCUUGGACACUGGGGAUUUCACCCAGGCAUGGGGUGGCAUUUCUUCUCUGCAGUUCGAUCUACCUCUGUUUUGGACCUCAGCUCAUAAGAGAGGCUUUGCUCUUUCUGAUGUAGUAAAACUCCUGUGCAAAGAACCUGCACGUCUUUGUUGCCUUGACAACCAAAAAGGCAGUCUCAUGCCAGGUCACGAUGCAGACUUAGUCAUCUGGGAUCCCGAGAAGGAAUUCACCGUAAAAGAGGAAAAUAUACAUCACAAAAAUAAACUAACUCCAUAUCUUGGCAUGACCUUGUGUGGUGAGGUAAAGGCUACCAUGGUCCGGGGAAAACUUGUCUACUUCAAUGGCUCCUUUAGUCCCCAGCCUGAAGGACAAAGUUUACUCAUAAACCAGAGUCUUAAACAGCCUUCCCUAUGAACUUCCCUCGCUUCCAGAAGAACCACUUACUGCACAUCAAGAUUCCCUCUUAACAUUCCUGCAAUUUCCGUGGAGUAUUUCUUCCUCUUUAUGAAUUUUCAAAAUACUUUAAUAUGCUUGUGGUUUUGGGCUGUGUAAAUAAAUAUGAUUUUGCUUUAAAUUCCCUAUAGAUUGUUUAUUGCAUUAUACAGCAUUUCAUAAAUAUAGGAUAAAGAAUUCAGAACUAAUGUACAAAGGCUAUUCUUAGCAAUAAACCUACAAUAUAAAUGAUUGUGUAAAUACAGAAGCUGUUUGCUAAAGGAGCUGAUCGACCAACUGAAAACAGAUUAGUGACAAAAAAGCAGAAUGUACUUUUUAUUUUUUAUUAUUUCAAAGAAAGACUAAUUUCUUUGACUAACGUACUACUCUACAAUUUUUAAGAAACAUAAAAAUCAGUGCAUUUAAAUCGCCAUAUUCAAACACUCAUAAAACAUUUUUUUUAUUUAAAGUGUCCCUGUCUAUUAGAGACUUAAAUUUCCAUGUCAUUUUGCUGUACAGUUUUUGCGAAAAGUAAAGGCAAAAU